AUGAAAGGGGUUCUUGCUAUAUCUAGUGGUAACUCAAUCUACGUUGCAAGCUGCUUAUUGCAAGAUCCAUGUGCUCAGUCUUCGAACAAGACGAUUGAGCGCGUUGUGGGCAACCUAGGAAAGACAGGCAUGUGCUUGUUGGUCUGCCCUGCGACCCCUCAGGUGAGGUCGGUCUACGAUGACAUACGGCUAGUGAACCACUACCAUUUUGAUGGUAAAGAGGAGGAUUGCUUUGGUGAGACAAGUUUGCAUCUGUCCUUCACAGAAUGGCAAUUGCCGAUCGACGUUGGUUCAAGAGGCAACCGUGAUGUAGAGGCAAGCUACAUAGAGGCAGCCAUCGGUCUCUACGAUAAAAGCAAAUGGGUGGCGGAUCUGAAGAUCCUGGAUGUGUUCAAUCCUCAGUUAUGUCGCAUCGUUCCAGAGUGCAGGGAACACCGGUCUGGGCAGGACAUACCAACCACGAAGAUAUUCGAAUUCGUAUCUAUUGACAGCUGGGAGGAAUUACUGGAUUCUCCCACUGAAGUUGGAGUCGUUCGUGCGAGGGGUAACUGGCAGGCAAGAUUGGCGGCAGCGGCGCUAGCGAUCCAGCUUGGCCACGAAACACGGAUUGUACCAGAUGGUUUAUGCUGGCUUUGCUGCUUAGCAUUGCAAAAUUUGCCGGACACGAAAAUGACAGACUAUCAAGAUGCGCAUAUGGCAGAUGACGGGAUAGGUCACGUUGAACGGCUGUUUGACGACGAGGGGUCUGACAGUGAGACUGAGGAUGUGGUCGCUACUUUGAUGGAAAAGGCGGCUAAGAAAGGGGACGAGCAGAAUGGAUGGAGUAGCGAUCACGCCCAAGGUGGUUUGGCGGUCGACCGGAACAUUGUCUACAUCGUCUGA